AUGGUGCAUCGUGGAGCGGCUGCAAAGGGCGGUUCGGGCAUGUGGUCCCUGCAGGGUUGGAAUUCUCUUCUACGUUCUGUGUUCGAAUCGGUUGUGUUUGAAAGAAGCGGAUUGAGAACGACGGGUGACGCUUUCUUUGUUUUCCUUCUUCUCGGUCCCGGAUUCAACUUCAAAACGCGACUCUUUCCCAGCAUACUUUCGUGGACGUCACGUCUGGAAUGCAUCUCAGGUAACUCCCUCGGCUUGAGAACCCCGUUGAUCUGCUUAUACCGGUUCAGGCUGGCCCAGAGGCUCGAGGCACUUGCCGCAGUGCCACAGGUGACAGGCGUCCUUUCCGAGCUCUACAAACUCUUCUUUGGUGAACAGAGGCAUCCUUUCGAAUUAGCAGAUCCACAACCGUGCUUCAUUGCAAAGCUUUCUCCAGAGCUGCUCUCCGAAAUAUUCGUCCUGUACUGUCAAGGAAAACUCAGCAGCGCCAGCGUCAUCGCCUCUGUUUGUACGCAGUGGCGUGAUCUUAUAAUUGACGAGUCCAGGCUUUGGGUGUCCAAGAUGUCUGUCGAUGUCGAUGACUUAAACGACCUCUGUGCCACUGCAGACAUCCAUUCGCCGAGCGUGCUUUUGUCCACUGCCCUAAGGCGAUGGGAGGGGUUCAAGCUUGACUUCCGCUUCGCAGUCACCCAUUCAAGGGAAUUAAGAAAACGAGAGCUAGGGAUGUCCCUGUUCUCAGCGCUGCUGGACCAUGGGCGCCGCUGGAGGUCGGUAUCUCUGAUUGUCGACCCGCCAGCCUCUGACAGUCUCAAGCCGUUUACCUUCCAAUCCGCUGGCUCGAAAGAGGAUUCACAAGCGGGGCUGGUGUAUAUGCUGGUCAUCACAGUCAGCGACACACCCAAUCUCACUUCCCUCAGCGUUGCCACGUAUCCUCACCACUGCAACCUUCUCCGCGAAUCACCUAACGCGUUUUCUCGACUGACGCACUUCGAGGCCCAACGAUGUGCCUUAUCUUCGUUUGUCGUGAUCUUGAGUGCUGCACGCGCUUCUCUCGUUUCGUGCAGCGUCACAGCCUUCGUCGCGGUCGUGAACGUGCCCUUUCUUCCGGCAGAAGCGUUUACAUUACCCAACCUGGAAGCUCUGACAUUGCCGUACCCAAACAGCCAAAGCUUGUUCUAUAUUCCACUCCUCACUUCAUUCUUCGCCCCUCAGCUGAAGAAGAUGACGUUUUGUGGGCAUUUUAGUCGCGUUGGAGGCGAGAUGGAGGUAAUUAAGAGGUUGAUCAUGAAGUCGGGUUGUCGCGUCGAAAAAUUGCAGCUUCCGCCAGGCGCCUCUAUGGCAGACCUCGAGUUUGCUCGAUCUGAAUUGGCGGGCAUACUCUCAAUUACCCUUACAGAUCCUGACUAUCGCUGA